GGUUGUUGGCACUAAUCAUAUAAAGCUGCAGCAAAUAUAUGCAUAUGAGAUUUGGCUUGUAUACUCUGUAGAUAGCUUUCCAAAUAGAUAAGAGAAGAAAAUUGCUUGAGGAAAUGGAGAAAUACGAGCUAGUGAAAGAUUUGGGAGCUGGUAACUUCGGGGUGGCAAGGCUCUUGCGCCACAAAGAAACCAGAGAGCUUGUUGCCAUGAAAGACAUCGAGCGAGGUCUCAAGGUUGUUCUGACUCCAACCCACUUGGCAAUUGUGAUGGAGUAUACUGCUGGCGGGGAGCUCUUUGAGCGGAUUUGCAGUGCGGAUUUGCAGUAGCGAGUUAGAUGUUGGCGAGCUAGAUACUUCUUUCAACAACUGAUCUCUGGUGUUGAUUUCUGCCACUUCAUGCAAAUCUGCCACAGAGAUUUGAAGCUGGAAAACACACUUCUAGAUGGAAGCCCUGUACCUCGUUUGAAGAUUUGUGAUUUUGGAUAUUCAAAGUUAUCUUUGCUGCACUCAAGGCCUAAAUCGACAGUGGGAACUCCAGCAUACAUAGCGCCGGAGGUUCUAUCCCGCAGAGAAUACGACGGCAAGGUCCUCGAUGCAUUGUUUUAUUGUGGAGUAUUGGGAUAAGUCGAUGUAGUGAUCUCUCCUUGUGGGUAAAUCCAUGAAUUAAGGACCCCCAAAAGCUGGCUGCACAUGCCAUAUGCUGCAGAUGUGUGGUCCUGUGGGGUUACUCUCUAUGUGAUGCUUGUGGGAGCAUACCCUUUUGAAGACCAAAACGACCCCAAGAACUUCCGCAAAACAAUCCAGAAAAUAAUGGUUGUUCAGUACAAGAUCCCCGACUAUGUGCACAUAUCUCAAGAGUGCAGACACCUGCUGUCUCGCAUAUUUGUAGCAAACCCACUGAAGAGAAUCCCCAUAAAGGAUAUAAAAAACCAUCCCUGGUUCUUGAAGAACUUGCCAAAAGAGCUGUCCGAGUCAGCUCAGUCCAUGUACUACAAGAGAGGGGAUGACCCGAAGUUCCAUGUUCAAAGCGUGGAGGACAUUAUGAAAAUCGUGAUUGAGGCGCGGCAGAAUCCUACAUCAACGACUCCUGUCAAGGGCUUCGGGUGGGGCGGAGAGGAAGAGGAAGAGGAAGACAUAGAUGGAGAGGUAGAGGAAGACGAAGAAGAAGACGAAGAAAAAGAAGAAGAAGAAGAGGAUGAAUAUGACAAAAGAGUAAAGGAAGUUCACGCUAGUGGGGAGUUUCAAAUCAAGUGACUAUACAUAGAUGCGGAAAAAGGAAGAAGUAAAAAAAUGAGUUAAAAACUUUUGUAUGUUGAACUCAUUUAGGUACAGGUAAGGAUAUGGAUGUUGUACUGAUUUGUCUACUUCUUAAAACUGAUUCAGUUUGUUGGCUUAUACAAAUAAGUAAACUUGUCCAAUAGCAGCUGUUACUGAAUUCCAAAUGUUUUGGUAUGUGGUAAACAGUCAAUUACC